UUAGCAGGCUAAUGUUUACAUUCACACAGCUGCUGUUCUCUGCCAGCGUAACAAAAACUGAAACUUUUCAGUUAACAGUAUAUAUGGAAAAAUAUGCUAACGACAUAAGACAAGGACAACGCGUACAUUUUAAGGCUGUUGUCAGAUACGAUUAACAUUUUGGUGAUACGUUUGUGGAAUUUGUUUUGGAAGCUAAUUUUUCGGCACAAGGCGAAUGCCCCUACAAUAGUUCACAAUGUGCCAAAAGUGAAAGUAAAAUAAACCACCACAGAUCUACUCAACAUGGCAUCCGGCAAGAGUAAGAUGAGUCUCAGAGACGAUCUGACAUGUGCCAUCUGCUUUGAGCUCUUCAAAGAUCCAGUGAUGCUGGCUUGCAUGCAUCACUUCUGUAAGAGAUGCAUUUCGUCUUACUGGAAGACUGUCAGGGGUCCUGUGUCCUGCCCUCAGUGCAGACAAGUGUUUCCCAACAAAUGCUUUCAGACUAAUUACUUAGUAGCCGGUUUGGUGGAGAAAGUCAGGGCCAGCAGCACAUCUGGAUCUGUCAAGUUUGUCGAGAAACAAUUAAAGGACAGCCUGGAGUCACAGCGCUGCAGAAAAGAUGCCUUCAUCACAAUGAUCCGUAAAGACAAAGAAAAGAUGGAGAAAAUAAGAAAAAUGGGAGCUGAUCUGCAGCAGCGAGUGCAGAGUGAUUUCCAGGCUCUGCAUCAUUUCCUGCGGCUGGAGGAGGAUGCCAUGAUGGAGAAGUUGAAGAGGGAACAGGAGGAACUGCUUCAGGGACUGGAGCGACAUCUGGAGGCCCUACAGGUGGCCAUGACAGAUGUGGAGCAGAACAUUAACACAUUACGACAGACUGCCAGCAACACAGAGCAAUCUGUACUUAUAGAGCUUCCAGAAUUGAAUUCCAGAGCACCUCCACAAGAGAUGAAUAUCAGCCUGAAUGCUUUCAAAAGCAAAUACAUUGCUCCUCUGCAGUACACUAUAUGGCGAAAGAUGUUUCAUCAUUUGAAUACAGCUCCAGCACCAUUGAUAUUUGAUGAGGACACGGCUCACCCCAGCCUACAAAUUUCCAGGAACAAAACCCAAGUGAUUGAGAGUGACAAAAUGACCCUCUACCUAUGCGAUUCAAAGCGCUUCCUCCAGUGUGUCAACAUUCUCACGACCGAGGGCUUCCAGUCAGGCAGCCAUUACUGGGAGGUGGAUGUGAGCAACAAUUUGAAGUGGGAUCUGGGUGUCGCUCUGGAAUCAGUUAAUCGAAAGGCGCGGGUCAAGCUGUGCCCUGAGAAUGGAUACUGGACCCUCCGGCUGCGGAAUGGCAACCAGUACUCUGCAGGUACCCAGCCCUGGACGCCACUGUCGGUGAUGACCUCGCCAAGCAGGAUUGGAAUUUUCCUGGAUUGUGAGGAACAGACUCUGUCGUUUUAUAAUGCUGAUAACAUGUCACUGCUCUAUUCCUUUUCCACUGGGCCUAGAGGGAAAGCAUUCCCGUUUUUCAGCACUUGCCUCAGUGAACGCGGUCAGAAAGCCCAAGCCAUUCGUCUCCUCCACUUGCCUUAUGAUUGUACUUCAGAGAUAUAAAAAUAUGCAUGCAAACACUCUAGUAAACGCUUGUCAUAUUCAAGGGUCUUCAGGCUUUAAUGAGCCCCUGAUUAUUAGAAGUUCCCUGCAUUUUAAAGUGAUUAUUACCUUUGAUUUAUUAGAGCCAUGUUUCUCUCAUGACCCUUGUCAGUCAUUUUAAGGUGAAAUUAUUUUACUUUGUGUACUUGAUGCAUGCUGACAUCAAACAGACGAAAGAGACCACAGGCAGUUCUUCAGUAAUGUUUGUGCCAGAUGUCUCUAGAUGCCCAAAGAUCUGAUUUUACACGGGUAAUUGACAUUGAUUGAUUACAGAAUCACCAUUGCGACGUGACCCACAGCUAAAGUUUUUAUCUUGGGAAAAACAACAUAGAAGGUAUAGCUCACACAAAAUUGAAGAUUCUGUUGUCAUUUACUUACUCACCCAUAUGUUGUUCCAAAGCUGUGUUACUUUCUGUGUUAUGUGGAACUUGAAUGGAGUUGUUAGGCUGAAAAACUUUAGCUGUAUGGAAAAAAAGAUGUAAUGAAAGUGAAUUGUGACUGAGGCUGUCAUUCUUUUGUGUUUCACGCAAGAAAGUCAUACAGAUGUGGAACAUGGGGAGGGUGAGGUAAUGACAUUAUUUCAUUUUUGAGUGAGCUAUCCCUUAAAAAAGAUUUCCCCCAUGUACAGUUUAGUUCUAUUUUAUUUUAUUCUUAUUUUAUUUUGGUAGUACAAUGAAAUGGACAAAAACCCACUUAUUAGUUCAGUUUAUUUUUAAAUGUAGUUUAUUCCUCACUACAGUUUUAAUUCUCUUUAUUUGGGUAGUGUAGUCAAAUGUAAACAAAUAAAAAUAAA